AUAGGAUCGUGUCAGAAAGGAAGUUGAUACUGUUAUGCAAGAGAAUCAAGGGAAACUCACCAUGAAAUCGUUACAAAAUUUACCAUAUUUAGAGAGAUGUAUAAAAGAGUCAUUACGUCUGUAUCCCAGCGUUUAUUUUAUAUCACGAAUUAUUUCGGAAGACGUGAAAUUAAAAUCAUAUUUAUUACCUGCUUGGACAAAUGUACAUCUUCAUAUCUACGGAGUUCACAGAGAUCCCAAUUUUUGGCCAAAUCCAGAAGUAUUUGAUCCAGAUCGAUUUUUACCUGAGAAGAUCCAAAAUCGUCAUCCUUACUCGUAUUUACCAUUUAGCGCUGGACCACGUAACUGCAUCG